AUGUCCAGCCGAAGCCAGUGCGGGUACACGUCGCAGCCGUAUCCGGCUUUUCUGAUUUUGCGUCACCUGUUGUUGGACUCGAGCAUCGUUGUCACCGUAAAUGUUUGCGAUGAGGGAGAGGUCGAAAGCACACCCAAGUCGGAGUUGCCUCCUGCUCUGAACGUUACAACGCCCGGAACGACAGAGGCGAUCGCAAGACAGGCACAGCUAUUGGCAGGUACAGGUGGAGGCUACUUCGACCCGCACCCCGCUGGGCAAUCGACGAAUGUUCCGACGCAGGAGUUGCAGGCGCAACGAUCACAUUCACAACUACUUGCGCCAUGGGCGACGAAUCGAUCCGCGACACCUGCCAGCACCAGUGCGGCAACGGCUCCAGGUCAUAUCGAACUUCAUGAUCCCCAGGAAUCGCUUGCGGUGACAAGACCACCACCACACACCACGCAAAGCAGCUUGUCCAUCGAAAGCGCGACCAGCACGUCAACGAUCCGACCAGAGAGCCCCAACACUGGACCCCAACGACCGAGGUUUCCAAACCAGGCGCUGUCAGCUUUACAUACUCAAGAUCACGGUAGAUACUAUCUGCCGCCCUCAGUUCGACGAGGUGGACCACAACCGCAUCAAAUCUCCACGUUUGCAUCUGCGAUAGCAUCGCUGCAUUCCAGUGGCGUUCGGACUGCGGCUAACUCACCCGCCGUGACUCCAGGUUCCGGACUCUUUAACCCCUCAGGACCGCCGUCCGCCCCCCCUGCCGAUGCCACCGCCGAUUCGACUGGGACCUAUGCCAGUCCCUUCCUGCACUUCACUCACACACAUGUGCCCAAAGAGACGCAUGUUGCUGACGUUGAUGUGGAUCCAGUGUCUGGGCGCAAGCUCAUUAAUCACUACGAGGUGAUUGAUGAAUUAGGUCGCGGCACACACGGCAAAGUCAAGCUUGGGCGGGAUCUGGAGAGUCCCAGCGCGCAGCCCAGCUAUGUCGCUAUCAAGAUCGUGGAACGCUUCUCCAAGCGACGCAAACUGGGCAGGCUCGGGACUACCGAAGAUAAAGUCAAGAAAGAGGUGGCUAUUCUGAAGAAGGCUCGCCAUCCCAACGUGGUCGCCCUGCUCGAAGUCAUUGAUGAUCCGUCUCGUAAGAAGGUCUACAUCGUGCUCGAGUGGGUAGAGCGAGGGGAAAUCAACUGGCGGGUCAAAGGACCAAAAGAAAUUGCAAUGGUCGAGGUCAGGCGAUUUGAAAGGGAGAAGAGCGGGAACCAUUCAGAACGUGCGCUGGCUGAGGAUAGUGCUGUUCUCACCGAAGUCCAGAAGCGAUUACAAAAACAGAAACGCCAUCAGCUCAAAGCAUAUCGACAGCUGAAGCGCGGCACACAGGAUGCACCUGAAUUCUGGAGCGUGGAGAUGAUGGGCGACAACGAGAGUGAAGAGUCCGAAGAGGAUAGACUCUCGAGGAUGUCAUCGCUGACAGCGCCAUCCGACGCAGGGCGACUAGUUGUUGACACGCCGGGCAGAAGAGCAUCACGGACGCCCUCACCGCUACAAGCCUCCACAGAAUCAGACGCAAACUAUCUGUCGCUCACGUCGGAGCCGGAAACAACGUCUCCCACAAGUGAGCACGAUCAGCCUUCGGCUAGAAGACCCUCCAGCGCGUUCAGCAUGUCUGGCAGCAUGUCUGGACUCGAAGGGACGAUGUAUGGCCCUUACGACCCGGUGUACAGUCAAACAUCUCGUGUCGCGAGCCUGAACAGUAUGACUUCUUCAAGAAGCAGCACUGAAGGUCUGACGAGAUAUGCGACUGAGGUUCUCGAAACGCCGCUUGACUCAGAACUGGAGUACGUCCCAGUCAUGACGAUGGAGCAGAUUCGAGUCGCUUUCCGAGACACUUUGCUUGGCUUGCAGUAUCUUCACUACCAAGGCAUCGUACACCGUGACAUCAAACCACCGAAUUUGCUUGCAACCAUCGACAAUCGAGUCAAAAUCUCUGACUUUGGCGUUUCGUACCUCGGACGACCUGUUGGAGAGGGUGAGGGCGGCGAAGAUGUCAGCGAAGCUGAAGCUCAGGAUUUGGACGAUGAAGCAAAGGAGCUGGCAAAGACUGUGGGCACACCUGCGUUUUAUGCGCCCGAACUUUGCAUCGCGGACCCGACCGACGAUCCAUUACCAGUGACGAAGGCCAUCGAUGUUUGGGCGCUUGGAGUCACGCUCUUCUGCAUGUUGUUCGCUCGCACGCCCUUUGUCGAUAACGAAUUCGUUGUCAUGCGACAGAUCGCCGACGAAGAGAUCUAUCUACCUCGCAGACGACUCCAACCGGUCGAUCUCAAGCCAAAGUCGAGGCCGAAUUCCCACAGUCGGGCGUUCCAACCACUACAGAAUGGCCGCCGUCACGAGCUGGAUCUUGUGUACGAGGAAAUUGACGACGAUUUGCAUGACUUGAUGAAGCGACUAUUGACCAAAGACCCGCGAAAGCGAAUCACACUAGAGGAAGUGCGGCAUCACCCGUGGGUCGUUGCGGAUUUGUCGAAUACAUUGCAAUGGCUCGAGGAGACCGAUCCUUCGAGACAGUCUGAGGGCAAGAAGAUUGAAGUUUCCAAAGAGGAACUGAACACUGCCGUCGUGCCUCUCAACCUGGUGGAGCGGAUGAGAUCUGGAAUGAAGAAGAUCUUGGACAGGACUGGAAUUACUCGUACACGUGGCCAGUCGAAUGCCGGCAGCGCAAAAGAAGGGUCGCCUGCGGGGUCCGCUAAUUCGUCUAGCAGUACGAUUAGCCAGGAUGCAAGACGACAAAGCAUGCGAGGAGACGAAUCGAUAUACAACGCUCUGCACAAAUAUCGCGAGGGUGAGCAUCCACUGUCUAAGAGCCUGGCUGCCACCCCCGAGAACGAAAAGCAUGAACAACGUUACUUCGACAAGAUGCCGAAAGUCAAUGGCAAUGAAGAGGCGAGCAACGACUUAUCGAGAACUCCUUCACGCCCGAGUCCACCUCAUAGGGCGAUGACUAUUCACUCUGCAGCUGGCUCUAUGCGAACAGUCACGCAGUCAGACUAUCGCAAAGCUCUGGCUGAAUCUCCGCCUCCCUCGCCUGGUCUUCCAGGCACACCCAUGGCUCUCUCUUCUCCUGGAGGCGGCCACUUGAGCGGCAUUUUCGGCGGUCCUGGUCGCCUGAUCAAAGGUGUCCGAGAGCGAAGCAUUCAAUCAACUCGCCGGAACAGAGCUCCUUCCAGUUCCAGGGGAUCCGUGGAGGAGUCUGACCACCAUGCCGAAGCAAGUAUUGCAGUCAGCCACACAAGCGCCGCUGGUCACGUGCACGCCCCUGAAACUCUCGAUCGCUUCACGCCGAACUCGAGCGCUCAUAACAGCCCGGCUUCGUCGCGGCCGCAUUCAGUGGUAUCUGAUCCAGCCCAGCAGCAUUACCACCUGCAGCCUCUCGAUGCUGGCUCGAUCUCGCGAAAGAGUUCCACGAGCUCCCUUGCGUCGAUAGGAAAGCGCAUGGGCGACACGUUCCGAAGCAGUGCCAGGUCACAGUCUCGCCGGGCUCCAGAAUCAAGUGCUGAGGAUUGGAAGCGGGCAGACGAGCGAGUGCGCAAGCUCGUGCGAGAGGGGAAGGAAGAGUUGGAAAGAGGGAAGAUGUCACCCCACUUGUUCGAGUCUCCGCGGGCUUUUGAGGGUGGAAUAUGCCCAACGAGUCCAGAUGACCUCCGACCUAAGCGAGAUGACUCGCGCGUUCCAUCUCUCGCGGAGAGUUCGAAUCCGGACACGCCUGCAGAUACGCCAUCGGAAGGCAUCAGUCCAACGAACCAGACUGGACAGUUACCACCAGCACUGGUGUCGAGUUCUUCUGACCUCGGAUCUGCAGUCUCAAUGUCGAUAUCGAAUCCGUCCAUACCCUCGGUCAUCUCAGAAGCAUCGUCUGUUGACCCAGGUGAAGAAUUUUACAAGAUCAACGGCGAUGAGACGCGAGAACCAUCAUCGGACGAUACACUCAAUGCCAGUCCGAGAACCAAACCAAUCGACGAGCGUAUGGAUGAAGGCUACAGCCCAGACCAAGAACUCGCUCUAGACACAGACCGCGACGAGGAGUUCGACUCGUCUUCCGAUAGUGACGGCGGACUGGUCAUGUCUCGUCGCAAAUCGGCCGCCAGAGGACACGGGCUUGUCGUUGGCACCGAAACACCGAAGGAGCGUCGAGGGACGGGUCUCUCCACUCGCUCGAAGAAGUCUUCCCGUUCUGGUUCUAACAACACCAUGAAGAAGGUCAGGACUCGAGAGAGUGGCGACGAGCGGCGGUCGUUGGAGAUCAGUGAGGAGUGA